AAAGCAUCAAUAAAUCCUCAAACCGAACCAUCGCCCUCAAUACUUCAACAGCAACAACAUCACCAGUUCAUCCCUUACCUUGAUACUCAGAAACUCGCCAAAAUGGUCAAGGUUGCUAUUGCGGGCGCAUCUGGAAAGCUGGCCUUGGAGGUCAUCGACAAAUUGACCAAGACUGGGAAGCAUGAGGUCCUCGGUCUAGUACGAAAGGACCCUUCCUCUUUGCCCUCCUUCCCCGGAGUGACAUGGGUUCAGACCACGUACCAAGACAAGGCAGACUUGGUCAAGAUUCUCAAUGGCACGCAGACAGUUAUCUCCUUCAUUGUGGCCCAUACGGACCCUGAAGCCGAGACUGCAAAGCGGUUGAUCGACGCAUCAAUCGAGGCGGGGGUUCAGCGGUUCGCCCCUAGCGAAUGGGCGACGGGCGCCUCGUUGGAGAAGGUAGUCGAGUAUGUGCCAUGGUAUGCCAACAAGCUGGAGGUCAAACGCUAUCUGGAGGAAGUCAACAAGGAUAAAAAAGUCAUCGAGUACACCUUGUUCCAGCCCGGCGCUUUCAUGAACUUCUUCGCGUACCCCCACCAGACUGCCAAGCACUACCCGAUCGAGAACCCGAGCUUCUUCGACUUUGAUAAAGGCACGGCCUUUAUACUAGAAGGCUCGGAGACUGCGGAGGUUACCUUGACCACCGUUGAGGACAUUGCGGAGGUGACCACUCGGGCGGUCGAGUAUGACGGGGAGUGGCCCGUCGUCGGUGGUAUCAGCGGCCAGAAAAUUACCGUUGGAAAAACCUUUGAGGUCGACAGACUGAAAUUGGAGGAUCUCAAGGCUGGCAUCGUGAAGACAAACUUCAUCCCUCCGCUGAACUUGCCCGGCAUGUCCCCGGAGGAACUCGCAGGGUUCACAAAGGUGGUCGCAAUCGGCGUCACCGUUUCCCUGGCGAGGGACGCGUGGGCAGUUUCGGACGAGUGGAACCAAUUGUUGCCCGACUUCCAGCCCACUCGUAUCGAGGAGUACCUGGAGAGGGUUUGGGGGGGCGUUCAGUAG